GGUGGCGGUGUGUGCCUGAUUGUUUACGGAAAAAGAAAAGAUGAAACUAUUUCGUUAGACAUCUCGCUGCUAACCUAAACCGACAUAGUACGGCUUUCUAAUGUUAAAAUGUGUAUAAUGGAUGUGUUAGUUGACAGUGUGACUUCAAUGCAGCUCGGAAAUCUCGCCGUUUAAAGAGAGACAAGGUUUUUACGACUUUUCAAACCUUCCUCGCCAUCGUUAUUAAAAGUGUGUUUAAACGCUCUGCAGGCGUCUGGACGCAGAAUGAUCCUGCUCCGUGCGUUAAUGCUGUUGUUUCUUCAAAUGAACGCGAAUUGCAUGGAUCUGAACUGGACAUCACACGACAGACCAAACAUAGUCAUGCUCAUGUCUGAUGCCUUCGACGGCAGGUUAACUUUUUCUCCUGGCAAUAAAGUUGUACAGCUGCCUUACAUCAACUAUAUGAGGGAAAUGGGUGCUGUUUUUCUCAACUCGUACACUAAUUCACCAAUCUGCUGUCCUUCUAGGGCAGCAAUGUGGAGUGGCCAGUUUGUGCAUUUGACUCAGGCCUGGAACAAUUAUAAAUGUCUUGAUCCCAGUGCCAGCACAUGGAUGGACCGUUUAGGAAAGAGUGGCUACCACACUCACAGCAUGGGGAAACUAGACUACACAUCAGGACAUCACUCUGUCAGUAAUCGUGUGGAGGCGUGGACCAGAGACGUUCCAUUCCUGCUGAGACAAGAGGGCCGUCCGGUCACAGAUCUGGUGGGUAAUGCAUCCACAAAGAGGGUGAUGACUAAAGACUGGAACAUCACUGAUGCUGCCGUCCAGUGGAUCCGACACACUCCUGUGUCUCUCGCCCAGCCAUUUGCCCUAUACGUGGGGCUCAAUCUCCCUCACCCGUACCGCACGGACUCCCUUGGACCCACAGCCGGGGGUUCCACCUUCCGCACCUCCCCGUAUUGGCUAAACAAGGUUUCUUACGGUCAAGUGUCUGUUCCGAAGUGGUUACGAGUUGAAGACAUGCACCCUGUGGAUUACUACUCCACCUUCACCAAAAAUUGCAGUGGUCACUUCACAGAAGAAGAGAUCAGAAACAUUAGAGCCUUUUACUAUGCCAUGUGUGCUGAAACAGACAGCAUGUUGGGUGAGGUGAUAGAUGCUCUCCGAGACACUGGCUUACUGAACAGGACAGUCGUACUGUUCACUUCGGAUCAUGGGGAUCUAGCAAUGGAACACAGGCAGUUCUAUAAGAUGUCCAUGUUUGAGGGCAGCUCUCAUGUCCCCCUGCUUAUAAUGGGCCCAGGAGUGAAGACUGGCUUUGAAAUCAGUCUACCUGUAUCUUUAGUGGACAUUUAUCCCACUCUGCUUGAUCUUGCUGGUAUUCCACAGCCAGGGGGUCUCAGUGGUCACUCGCUGAUCCCUCUGGUUUCUGGGGUCAGCGCUCAGUCAGCGGAGCCUCAUCCCGGCUGGGUGCUCAGUGAAUAUCAUGGUUGCAAUGCGAAUGCCUCCACGUAUAUGCUGAGGAUCGGCGAGUGGAAGUACAUCACAUAUGCAGAUGGAUUGACUGUUCCCACACAACUCUUUAACUUGUCCAAAGAUGAAUCAGAAUUGAGAAAUGUUGCAUCACAUUUCCCUGAUGUAUGUCAGGACUUGGACAAGCUGUUACGCACCAUUGUGGACUAUCCCAGUGUUUCCCAAGCUGUUCACCACUACAAUAAACAACAGUUUCUGGAAUGGAAGCAAAACCUAGGAGACAGUUACUCCCAGAUCAUAGCCAACCUGCGAUGGAACAUUGACUGGCAAAAGGAUGCCAAGUCCUAUGAGAGAGUUAUUGAAGAGUGGCUGUUGGGGUUGAAUUGAUCAUCCGUUAUAUAACUGUCAGUGAUCAGCACAAACGAUAUAUAUAUAUAUACCAAAAGUUUGGACACAGCUUCUCAUUCAAAGAGUUUUCUUUAUUUUCAUGGCUAUGAAAAUUGUAGAUUCACACUGAAGGCAUCAAGGGCUAUUUGACCAAGAAGGAGAGUGAUGGGGUGCUGCGCCAGAUGACCUGGCCUCCACAGUCACCGGACCUGAACCCAAUCGAGAUGGUUUAGGGGUGAGCUGGACUGCAGACAGAAGGCAAAAGGGCCAACAAGUG